AUGAAUACCAGUCAGGAAGCUAAGUUUCCUCUUCACGAGGCUGCCCGGGAGGGCAAAACUCAAAUCGCUGAAUCUCUCCUCAGCGCCAACCCCAAGCUAGCAAAUGUCAAAGAUGACGAUGAUCGCCUUCCCAUCCACUGGGCGGUAGCAUACAACCGUCUCCCGAUUGUGGAGCUACUGAUAUCCAACAAGCACUUUGAUCCCGAUGUCGAGGAUGGCUCCGGCUGGACACCACUCAUGAUUGCAUCUAGCUUGAAGAACGCCGAAGGCGAUCCCAUCAUCGAUCUCCUCCUCAAGAAAGGCGCAGACGUCAGCACGAAGAGCGUCUCGGGCCAGAACGCCCUCCACUUUGCAACUUCCAAAGCCAACCUCUCCACCGUCCGCACCCUCAUCGCCAACAAAUGCAGCGCAAGAGUAAAGGAUAGACGCGGACAGCUGCCUCUGCACCGAGCAGCGGCGAUUGGAUCCUCGCCUAUCAUCAAAAUCCUUCUGGAGGAGGGGAAGAGUCCCGUCAAUGCAACGGAUGUUGAUGGGCUGACAGCUUUACAUCAUGCCGUGUCAGAGGGUCACGGCGAUGCAGCGAUUACGUUGCUCAAGGCUGGUGCGGAGGCAGAUAAGAGGGAUUCGAAUGGUGUUUUGGCCAUUGAUAUGGCGCCGGAUAGCAAGGUGCGGAGCUAUAUCCUGCAAACAGCGGAGAGGGAGGGGAUCGAGUUAUAG